GGAGCUAUCGUCUAUUACAACUCAAAAAGUCAGUGCAAUGUUAACUCUGUUAGACAGACUUAUGUUGCCAUUGAAUGCACUGGAGUUGAUAGGAUGGUCAGUGUUAAUGAGGUUGGAGGAUGCACUCUCAACUUCACAAUGACUGCAGCAUGUGGUAGCCACAUGCAUCCACACAGCUCAGGCAUUGGAGGUGGAUGGAUAUUCAUCAUAAUUCUGUUCUCAAGUAUAGUUGCUUAUAUUAUGUUUGGAAUGUUGUUCAAUUGGAAGGUCAGGAAACAAGAGACUCUUUUCCCGAACGUCGGUUUCUGGAAGAACUUUGGCUCAUUGUUAUCGGAUGGUGUUCUUUACAUCCGAGGCAAGGUAUCUGGAACAGAGUACAGAGGUCAGGCAUACCAACAAGUA